UAUUUUGUGGACUAAAUGGAGUGUGGGCUCCAGGAAUUAUUGGUGCGGGGCACCAUUUUAGCACGUGUUUUAGAAUUUUCCGUGUGGGGUCAAUACAAUGAAGACUUCGACCAUAUCAAGUCUUGCUCUUGUUCGGAGAAGAAGGUGCUGGCUGUACAUAAAUGGGGCAAUGAAGUAUUAUCUGCGAAACAGAGUAAAACAACAGCCAUGGCAAGAUUCAUCUUGGAGAAUCUAGCCUUGCGUAUUUCCCUUGUUCUAUUCAUUCUAUUAAAUUCUUCACUGAGCGUUGCUUCUGACUCCACUCAAGAAGCUAAUGCUCUCUUCAGGUGGGCAGCCACCCUUUACGACUUUAAAUAUUCUAACAUAUCUUUAAAAUGGCAUCGCCAUCCUGAAAAUGCCAACAAUUCCCAACCAAGAAUAAAUCUCUGCAAUUGGCUUGGAAUUUCCUGCAACGUAGAAGGAAGGGUCGAGAGACUAAACCUGACAAACGCAGUUUUAAAUGGUACGCUCCAUGAGCUUUCCUUCUCUUCCUUUCCUGAUCUUGCAUAUAUUGAUCUUAGUGUGAAUCUACUCUUUGGCACCAUCCCACUUGGAAUCACUCAACUUUCCAAACUCAUUUAUCUUGAUUUAUCAUAUAAUCUCUUGUCUGGAAGCAUCCCUCCAGAGAUUGGCCUCCUAACAAAUCUCGAUACCCUGCACCUUGCUGCAAAUCAGUUAAAUGGUUCGAUUCCUUCAGAAAUAGAAAAUUUAAGUUCCCUUACUGAGCUUGCCCUGUAUACCAACAAUCUAGAUGGUCAUAUUCCUGCUUCUGUGGGUAGCUUGACCAAGAUGCGUUGGUUGUUUCUGUAUGACAAUCAACUUUCUGGUUCUGUUCCGUCAGAAUUGGGAAACCUUACCAAUUUGGUUGAACUUUACAUGGAUACCAACAGUCUAUCAGGUCCCAUCCCUUCCACUUUUGGGAACUUGAAAAACCUAGCUGUGUUGUUUAUGUUCAAAAAUAGACUUUCUGGUCCAAUUCCCCAGCAAAUCGGAAACUUGAAGUCUCUAAACAAGCUGAGCCUUUAUGGAAACAGUCUUUCUGGUCCAAUUCCCAUAACACUAUCUAGUCUAACAAAUCUCACCAUUCUUCAUCUCUAUGAAAAUAAACUCUCUGGCCCAAUUCCUAAAGAGUUGGGAAACUUGAAGUCUAUUGUUGAUCUAGAGUUGAGUGAAAAUCAACUUAGUGGUCCUAUCCCAGCUUCCUUGGGUAAGUUGAGUGAGUUACAAUAUUUGUAUCUUAGUGGCAACCAACUCUCUGGGCAAAUUCCUGAACAGAUAGCAAGUCUACCAAAACUGAUUGUACUUCAACUAGGCAAAAACCAGUUGAUUGGUCAUUUGCCCAAGACCAUUUGCCAAAAUAAAAGGCUUCAGAACUUCACUGUUAAUGACAACAAUCUCGACGGCCCAAUUCCAAAGGGCUUUAGAGAUUGCAAAAGCUUUGUAAGAGUUUGGCUGGAGGGAAACCAAUUCACUGGAAAUACGUCCGAAGACUUUGGCAUCUAUCCAAACCUUCAAUUCAUAGACCUAAGCUACAAUAAAUUCCACGGGGAAUUAACAUCCAAGUGGGGAAAGUGUCAAAAAUUGGUAUCUCUAAUGAUCGCCGGCAACCAAAUAACUGGUACGAUUCCACCUGAAAUUGGAAAUGCGGCUCAGCUAAAAGGACUUGAUCUUUCCUCGAAUAAAAUAGCUGGGAGCAUCCCCAAGGAAUUGGGGAAAUUGACUUCUUUGCUUAAGGUGGAUUUAAACGACAAUCAACUCUCUGAUCGUCUACCUUCAGAAUUUGGAUGGUUAACUGAUCUUGAGUAUCUCGACUUGUCGGCAAACAGAUUCAACCAAUCAAUUCCAGAAAACAUUGGAAACUUAGCUAAACUCUUCUACUUGAAUUUGAGUAAUAAUGAGUUUAGCCAAGAAAUUCCAAUUCAGAUGGGGAAGUUAAUUCACUUAUCGAGGUUGGAUUUAAGCCGCAACUUUCUCAUAGGAAAGGUACCAUCACAAUUGAGUAGUUUAGAGAGCUUGGAGAUGCUGAAUCUGUCCCACAAUAAUCUGUCUGGUUCUAUUCCAGAUAGUUUCAAAGACAUGCAUGGUUUGUCGUCCAUCGAUAUAUCCUACAACGAAUUGGAAGGUCCCAUUCCUUCCAAUAAAGCAUUUCAAAAUGCCUCCACAGAAGCAUUUCGAGGGAACAAAGGAUUGUGUGGGGAUGUCCCAGUACUGUCACCAUGCAAUUUUCCAAUCAACAAAGGAACCUCCAAAAGGAGCCAUAAAAUGUUGUUUCUAAUCAUUUUCUUGCCUCUUUGCGGUGCUUUUUCACUUAUUACUUUCUUGGGAGUUUUUUUCUGUUUACAAAAAAGAAAACAAGAUCUAGAAGCAAAACAAAAAGAUCAAGAAGAUGAUGAAUUUUCGAUAUCAAGUUCCGUUGGAAGAAUCAUGCAUGACGAAAUCAUAAAAGCUACCGAUAGUUUCGACACUGCAUAUUGCAUCAGGAAGGGAGGAUGUGGCAGCGUCUACAAAGCAAAUUUGCCAUCAGGAAGUAUAGUAGCCGUGAAGAAGCUUCACUCAUUUCAUGAUGGCGAGAGGACAUAUGAGAAGGAGUUCUUGAACGAGAUAAGGGCAUUAACCCAGAUAAGGCAUCGGAACAUAGUAAAACUUUAUGGUUUUUGUUCGUAUGCACGACACUCAUUUCUGGUUUACGAGUACCUUGAAGGCGGUAACUUGGCCACAAUCCUAGGCAAUGAUAAAAAAGCUGAAGAUUUGGAUUGGAGUAAGAGGGUAAACAUUGUUAAAGGUGUUGCCAAUGCCCUGUCUUACAUGCACCACAAUUGCUCACCUCCAAUUGUUCAUCGAGACAUAACAAGCAAAAACAUUUUGCUUGAUUCCGAAUUCGAUGCUCAUGUAUCAGAUUUUGGCAUUGUCAAGCUUCUAAAUUCUGAUUCAUCCCAUUGGACUGCGCUGGCAGGGACAUACAGUUAUGUUGCACCAGAGCUUGCUUACACAAUGAAGGUGACUGAAAAAUUUGACGUGUAUAAUUUUGGAGUGGUAGUACUAGAAGUGAUCAAUGGAAAAUGUCCGAAUGAAAUAAUCUUUUCUAUGUCGUCCCCUUUAGUUCAGAAGCCACUCUUAAAAGAUAUUUUAGAUCAACGCCUUCCACCUCCUUCCUCUGAAGUUCAAGACGAACUGAUGACAAUCAUGAAGAUUGCAACUGCAUGUUUGUACAGCAAUCCACAAUCUCGACCAACUAUGCAUAUGAUUUCUCAGAUUUUAUCAUCUCAAAUUCCAUUCUAGAUCCAUCUAUACAUGCUAUAAAAAUACAUAGUUGCUGAGUUAAUAAUUCAGUGGUCAAGUGCUAUAAUUAAAUGUUUAUCUUGUUAUAUAAAUAGUCUAGAAUAAAAAUUAGAGUUCUCUUUUA